AUGUGUGCAGGUAAACAGUCCACGUCCCAAAAGAAUUCACUCUGGAGCAAGGCAAUAUUUUACUGGAUACCUCGUAUCUGUUACUAUACACAUACCAAACCCACUAGCAAAGGAAACAUCUGGUUGUUUCGUCCACUAAAACAACAAACUAUCCAAUUAGGAUCUUAUUUGGUACCAGAUGGAUUACUUGAUAAAUUGCUGCCAUAUGAGACAUUACUAGGAAUGGGCUAUUUGUGA